CAGAUCAAAAUGCCUCGAUACGAUGGCCGCUAUGAUUACGAUGAUCGAUACGACCACUAUGGUCGACAUGGUGGUAACACCAAGUUGUUCGUGGGUCAGAUUUCUCCACAUACUCAGAUACAUGAUCUUGAGGACCUUUUCAGCAAAUAUGGGAGACUGCGGAAAGUGGAUCUGAAGAGGGACUUUGGCUUUGUUGAGUUUAGUGAUCCUCGGGAUGCCGAUGACGCAAGGUAUGAUCUUGAUGGCCGAAAAUUUGAUGGGAGUCGCAUCGUUGUUGAGUUUGCAAGAGGGGUCCCGCGUGGUAUAGGAGGUGUCCGUCAAUAUGGCAGAGGACCUCCUCCUGGCCGCUGCUAUAACUGUGGGAUGGAUGGGCACUGGAUUCGUGAUUGCAAAGCUGGUGACUGGAGGGAUAGGUGCUACCGUUGUGGAGAAAUGGGUCAUGUAGAAAGAAAGUGCCAGAACAGUCCAAAGGAUCUGAAGCGAGAGAGACGCUACUCAAGGUCUCCAUCUCCUCGCCAUGGAAAGGGCCGAGGGAGAAGCAGAAGCUACUCAAGGUCUCCGUCUCCUCGUCAUGCAAGGGGCCGAAGCUGGACUUACAGUAGGUCGCCACAGCCAAGGAGGGAUUACAGUAACGCUGGUGGUGAAGAGUUGCCGUCAAGAAGCGCCCAUCACAGCCCCAACACCAGGAGGAACCUCCCACCAAGGGAACAAGCUGAACGCAAUGGCUCAUAUCAUGGUGGGAGCCCUAGAAGAGGUGAAGCUCGUGAGAAGCGCCGGUGACCCGGAACUUGAGACUCUGGGGUUGUGAAUUCUCAAACUCUCUCUCCAACUUCGAUGACUAUGCUGAGGCAUUGUCUGAAGAAUCUUAGCUUUUGUGAAGAUUGGAUUGUGAAUUCUCAGAGAAGCCGCCUGAAUGCUGCUAAUUUUGCCGAGGCGUCAUAUCUGAAGGAUCUUGACCGGAUAUGGUUCUCUGUCAAGAAUCUUGCCUGCAACUAAUUACGUUUCUGUGACCUUGAU